GGGCUGGAACAAAGAGAUGUAAACAAGCUCAAGUAUAAAGAAUGCUGAAUGUUGCUGUCUUACUCUCCUUCUUUAUCUAUCCAAUCUCCCUCUCAACUACAAUUUCUUCUGACCAACAAAUCAAUCAAUUACGGGAAAAGAUCUUUCAGCUAACUAAUAUUGUUUAGUUGGCUAGGGAUUUUAUUUCCUAUUGCUGAAAAAUCAAGGCUGAGAUUAGUUUUCAAAAGAUAACACAACGAGAGAAUGCCUCGAGUUGACAACGAAAUAAAACUUGACUUCAAAGACGUGUUGAUCCGCCCGAAACGAAGCACAAUAAAAUCUAGAGCAGAUGUGGAUAUUUCCCGCCAAUUCGUCUACCGGCAUUCAAAACGAACAUUUCCAAAUGAUAUGAUACCGAUUAUAGCUGCUAAUAUGGAUACAGUGGGUACGUUCGAAAUGGCGGUCGUUCUUGCCAAGUACAAAAUGUUAACCUGUGUCCAAAAGCAUUACUCAGUGGAGCAAUGGAUUGAAUUUGCAAACAGCCAUCCUAACGUUAUUCCAUAUGUUAUUUGCACGAGCGGAAUGAACGAGACUGAUGAGGAAAAGCUAGGCAAGAUAAUCGAGGCUAUUCCGUCAAUUAACGCGAUAUGUAUUGAUGUUGCGAAUGGUUAUUCUGAACAUUUUAUUGCUUAUGUGAAGAGAAUCAGGGCUUGCUAUCCCGAACAUAUUUUAAUGGCGGGAAAUGUUGUGACUGGGGAGAUGAUUGAACAGCUAUUAUUAGACGGAACUGACAUCAUUAAAGUUGGAAUUGGACCUGGUUCGGUUUGCACCACACGUAAGAAAGCUGGCGUAGGUUACCCUCAAGUUAGCGCAGUCAUGGAAUGCGCAGAUGCCGCUCAUGGCUUGAACGGUCAUAUUGUGUCAGACGGGGGCUGUACAUGUCCAGGUGACAUUGCAAAAGCUUUCGGGGCUGGGGCUGAUUUUGUAAUGUUGGGUGGCAUGCUUGCGGGACACGAUGAGUCUGGAGGGGAAUUGGUUGAACGUGAUGGAAGACAAAUGAAACUGUUUUACGGCAUGAGUUCAGAGACUGCGAUGAAAAAACACGCAGGAGGAGUGGCAGAUUACAGAGCUUCGGAAGGGAAAACGGUUGAGAUUCCUUAUCGAGGGAAAGUGAAGAACACCGUUCAAGACGUUCUGGGAGGAGUGCGAUCCGCAUGCACGUAUGUUGGUGCUAUGAAGUUACGAGAAUUAUCAAGAAGAACGACAUUUAUUCGUGUGACACAACAAGUCAAUCAGAUAUUUUCAUGAAUGUAAAAAAAGAAAAAAAGAGAAAUAAUAUAAUGGAAGAGAAAUAUAAAUAUAAAAAAGUUAGAGAUAUAACAAUUAUAAUUGGUCGUGAUGUAGUUAUGUAGAGAAAAAUAUUACGUUCCUUCUGUAAUAAUCUGAUCUGUAAUUAAUAAGAAAUUUGAAUUUUCUUUGUGAAUACGAUAAAAUCGCUUUUUCGA